AUGGGUGGGGGGGGCCAACUUCCUGGGGCCGGCUGUGAGGAUGUCGCGACCGCCCCAGGGUGCCCCUCAGCCCCGGAGACGCCGCCGCGGCUCAGCCCGCAGCCCCCCUGCCUGAGCCGUCCGCGGCCCGGAUCCGGCCCCUCCCCACCCCUCCCCUCCCAGGUGCGGGCCGGGCAGGCGGCUGCGGCAGAUUUUAUCAUGUGGGCAACCUGCUGCAACUGGUUCUGCCUGGAUGGACAGCCUGAGGAGGCCCCACCGCCCCAGGGAGCCAGGACGCAGGCCUAUUCCAACCCUGGGUACAGCUCCUUCCCUUCCCCCACGGGCUCGGAACCAAACUGCAAGGCCUGCGGGGCCCACUUCGCAAGCAUGGCCAGGAAGCAGACCUGCUUGGACUGUAAGAAGAAUUUCUGCGUGGCCUGUUCGAGCCAAGUGGGAAGCGGGCCCCGCCUCUGCCUUCUCUGCCAGCGCUUCCGAGCUACAGCCUUUCAGCGGGAGGAGCUCAUGAAGAUGAAGGUGAAGGACCUGAGGGACUAUCUCAGCCUGCAUGACAUCUCUACCGAAACGUGCCGGGAGAAAGAGGAGCUGGUGUUCUUGGUGCUUGGCCAGCAGCCUGUAAUCUCCCAGGAGGGCAGGACUCGCGCCCCCAGCCUGUCCCCGGACUCCCCCGAGCAGCAGGCCUUCCUGACCCAGCCUCAUACCAGCACAGUACCUCCCACCUCACCCGGCCUCCCUUCCUCAGCCCCAGCCCAGGCUCGGGACCGGCAGCAGGCCAAUGGCCGUGUGUCUCAGGACCAAGAGGAACCCGUCUACCUGGAGAGCACAGCCAGAGCACCUGCUGAGGAUGAGACCCAGUCUGUUGACUCAGAGGACAGCUUCGUCCCGGGCCGGAGGGCCUCUCUGUCUGACCUGACCGACCUGGAGGACAUUGAAGGUCUAACCGUGCGGCAGCUCAAAGAGAUCCUGGCUCGCAACUUCGUCAACUACAAGGGCUGCUGCGAGAAGUGGGAGCUGAUGGAGAGGGUGACGCGGCUGUACAAGGAUCAGAAGGGACUCCAGCACCUGGUGUGUGGUGCUGAAGACCAGAACGGGGGAGCAGUGCCAUCCAGCCUGGAGGAGAACCUGUGUCGGAUCUGCAUGGACUCGCCCAUCGACUGUGUUCUGCUGGAGUGCGGCCACAUGGUCACCUGUACCAAGUGUGGCAAGCGCAUGAACGAGUGUCCCAUCUGCCGGCAAUACGUGAUCCGAGCCGUGCAUGUCUUCCGAUCCUGAGGGCUUGUACCGGCUUCUUCAGUGCCUUACAGGGACAUAGCUCGAGGUGUCUGGGCCCACAGUUGGCCAGCUUGCAGAGGGGCAGCCUAACAAGAAAAUCUGCAGUGUUCCCAAGACCAGGGCAAGCAAGAUGCUGUGUCACCUCUGGGCAUGCACAGAUCGCACAGGCAAGUCCCUGUUUCAGCGAUCUUGGGGUCAUGAUGGUAACUGAUGAAGAGAGGACUUUCUGGAAUUUGGACCGUAUCUUCUUCCCUUCCUCUGAGAACCUAAACAGUUUCACCCUUCCUCCUGUAGCCCACCCAUCUCCCUGAGCUGCGUGCCUCUGUUCCACCCAUCGGAAGUCCUGGUAGAAAUGGCUCUCUUCUUCCCCAGCACAUCUGGAUUCAUUUCUGGUCCCUCUGGCUUUCUGUGCUUUAACCGACCUUUGCUGAAAUCUCUUGCUACAUUACCUAAAAUCCAUGUGUUUCUUCAGACCAAAAAGAUGUUAGCUUCCCAGACCAAUAGCGAUCCUCCUUAGGACAGAAUUUGGCCCAGUAAACUCAUUUGUGGCGAGAAAUGAAACACAAAUGCUAUUGAAAAAAUUUGAAGUCGUUAAGAGUUGCUUCCUUAAGUGCUGGGAUUGGAAGCUAUCAGUCUCCUGACCUGACCUUGGCAGUCAACAAAGCAUCUGGCUUUCAAACUGCUGGGAAAUUCCAGUCUCUGUGCGCGAGAUGGUGCAUGGAUCAUCUCUGCUUCUUCUCUUGGGGCCUGACUUUGUGCCAUCCUUAAUUUUAGUUUAUGAGAAAAGGGAAAGCGUUGGGUGGAAGCAGUGGCUUUCUGCUUGGCUUUGCCUUCUCCAACAGACAGCCUUAAACCACUUUCCCCUGAGCAUGAGGUCCCUCUUUCCCAUGGAGGUUUUAAACAUGGUCUCACUGAAGGCACAGAGACUUAGGCAGAGAGCCUCACACUUCUCUAGCCAGACUUCUCAUGAAGCUCCCGGAGACUGAGCACGUAAGACAGAGCACCUAAGAGGUAU